AUGAGAUGGGGUCAUAAAGCUAAUCCGGAUAGGUGGUUCAUAAACUUACAACCACAAUUCCAAGAAGUUGUAGACGCAAUGGAAGUGAAUGGUGAACCAGAUAUAGCUGGUAUUUUCAGCGCGGCUUUAAUGCCAUUGAAAGAUAUGAAAGAUGCAGAUAUUUUGGACCAGUAUGAAAUGAACAUGGCUGAUGGAAAUAUAACACCUGACGUUCUAGAACAUUUAUCUCAAAGAACUACACAGAACCAUAGAGAUGGUAUAUUUGGUGAAGAGUUUAGAAAGAAAGUUAGGGAGAGAGAAGGAAGAGAACCUAUUGUACAUGACCUUGCAAACGAAAGUUUGCAAAAUGUCAUAAAAACUUACUUUGCAGACAAUGAACCGAGAAGGGAUGAAUAUUUAAGAAAACUCAAAUGGACAGUACCAAAUGAAAUGUUAGUAUUGAAAAACAUGUUCCUUGACAAAAUAAAACCAACUACAGAAAUAAAUGACGCAAGACUGAAACAUUGGGUAAAAGCUUUCCCAUUCACAAAAGAUAUUAUUGGUAACAUGGAAAGAAAACCAGAAUGGCUACAAAAACAUAUAUUUGGAAACGAGCUUAUUCCAUAUGGACAAGCUCUGUUUGAAGAGCUUGAACCGGAAACUCAGGAAAGAGUCAUGCAAACAAUACGCGAAGACUCAAAUACAAACUAUGACAAAAUCUUUCUAGGAUAUAGGUUACCUGAGAUGGGCGACCAGAGCCCAAAGGCAAAAAGGACAUGGGAAAUUUACAACAUACUAGGUGAACAUGAGGCAAAGAUGCAACAACUUGAAGCAGAGGGCAAGUUACCAAAAGCGACACCAAAGAAGAAGA